AUGUCGAGCAAUGAAUUUCCCCACAAUCUCAGAUCGAUCACCGAGUUUCAGGGAAUAAUCGGCUUUCGUGCCGCAACUGGAGACGCUCGCACGAUUACCAGCCACAUCACUUCCGCUCGCGAACUCCGAAUCGGGGGGAAAAGCAAUUCCUGCCCUAAAAUAAGUUCUAGCUUGCGUAGUACAAGCCUUGUCGGAGAUUCUGUGGAAAGUAGAAAUUCUACCGAAGGCAAUUGUAUUCAAUCCGUGGACGCAUUGACCUGGCUUCUUCGGUUCUCGAAGCUCUUUGUCGUGCUCGAAUUAUUCCGCCAGUCCUGCACUCAGCCAGACUACACCCUGAGGACCUGCAGAACCAUUGCGCAACUCCUUGCCGCACUCUAA